AUGACGAGCGGUGACGAAAAGCCGAAGGCGGAAGCAUCGACGCCGUCGCCCGCGUCGUCCGUGGACGGGCAGACGCUCUCGCCGGGACUGAGGAUUCCUGAAAACAGAGACGGGUUCUUCGGGUAUACGGAGGAGAAAAGCUUCCAGCACAUAGAGGAGAAGCUGUGGGCGCAUAGACGGGGGUCAGAGGCCUCGUCGAGCAAGCCCAUCUCGGUGUAUGGCGGCUCGCCGCGGUUGACCGCUGGUGACCAUCCGGACCUGGCGAACUCGAUCAGCGGGAGCUUCAAGCUCCCGUCGGUGUUCCAGCCUACGGUGGGCCCGGGUGACGCGACUCUGCGCGAGUCGCCGUUCGAGGCCUCGGAGGAGGAGGGAGAACAUAAUGCGAAGCAGAAUGGACACGCAAAGCCGGACGCGCGGGUGGCAGAUUUCCUGCAUCCCGAGACCGCCAUCACGCUCGAACUCUCCAAGGUCUUCACUGCCUUCCAAAAGUGCCUGGAGCUGCGCGAUAAAUACAUGCGCAUCUCGAAGCAGCGUCUGGGCGACGACCCGCGCGACCACGACGGCGUCUUCAACGGGCUCCCGGACGACCUCGCGGACGUGUCCGGCGCGCGCCCCGAGGCGAGGCGCGAGGACGUCGAGACGCGCACGCGCACGCUGGAGAGCCCGCACGAGCAUUGGCGCAUAUACCCCAAGCCGCCGCCGCCACAUUGGCACUGGAAGGACCAGAAGCAGGUGAUCCCGGCGGGCGGGCAUGUGGACGAGGAGUUUGAGUUCGAGGAGUGUUUCAUCCCUGGGGAGCAUGAGUGGGAUUACGAGCUCGAUGAGAAGGGGGUGUAUCAGGUAUAUGAGAACGUCGCUGCGGAGGAUAGGAAGUCGAAAUUCCACAUCCCGGACAUUCGGGAGUAUUUCAUGGAUUUGGACUACGUUCUUGGAGUGAUAGCGGACGGACCUGCAAAAAGCUUCGCAUUUAAGCGGCUGAAAUAUCUCGCGAGUAAGUUCACGAUGUACCAACUAUUAAAUGAAACACAGGAACUGGCGGAUAUGAAGCAUGUACCUCAUCGCGAUUUCUACAAUGUUCGCAAGGUUGAUACCCACGUCCACCACUCGAGUAGCAUGAACCAGAAACAUCUCCUUCGUUUCAUCAAAUCGAAGAUGAAGCGUUCGCCAAAUGACGUAGUCAUAUUCCGCGACGGCAAAGAGCUCACGCUCGCCGAAGUCUUCGCCUCGCUCAACCUCACUGCGUACGACCUGUCCAUCGAUACGCUCGACAUGCACGCGCACCAGGACUCAUUUCACCGCUUCGACAAGUUCAAUCUGAAGUACAACCCGAUUGGGGAGAGCAGGCUCCGUGAGAUCUUUUUGAAGACGGAUAAUUACAUACAGGGGAGAUAUCUUGCUGAGCUGACGAAAGAGGUCAUGACGGAUUUGGAGCAGAGUAAAUAUCAGAACUGUGAAUGGCGCAUCAGUAUAUACGGUCGGUCAGCCGACGAAUGGGACAAAUUGGCAAAAUGGAUCGUCAACCACAAGCUGUUCUCCCACAACGUUCGCUGGCUCAUUCAGGUACCCCGGUUGUACGACGUGUACAAAGCGAACGGGUCCAUAGAGAAGUUCGAAGAUAUUGUCGUCAACGUCUUCAAGCCUCUGUUCGAGGUGACCAAAGAUCCGAGGAAGCACCCCGAGCUGCACGUGUUCCUACAGAGAGUCAUCGGCUUCGAUACUGUGGAUGAUGAGUCCAAAGUGGAGAGGAGGAUACAUAAAAAGUUCCCCUAUCCCCGUGUAUGGAACUUGGAGACGUCGCCGCCAUAUUCGUAUUGGCUAUACUAUAUGUUCGCGAAUAUGGCAAGCCUAAACAAUUGGCGACAAGCGCGCGGGUUCAACACCUUCGUAUUCCGCCCUCAUUGCGGUGAAGCCGGCGACACGGACCACCUCACCUCCGCUUUCCUCUCCUCACACUCGAUCUCGCAUGGUAUCCUCCUACGCAAGGUGCCUGCACUGCAAUACCUGUUCUAUCUGAAGCAGAUCGGGAUGGCGAUGAGCCCGCUGAGCAAUAACGCGCUGUUCCUGACAUACGAACGGAACCCAUUGCCGGACUUCUUCAAGGUGGGGUUGAACGUGAGCCUGAGCACGGACGAUCCGCUGCAGUUCCAUUUCACAAAGGAACCGCUUUUGGAGGAGUAUAGUGUUGCAGCACACAUUUACAAGCUACCCCAGAGUUCUCUGGCUGAACUAGCGCGAAACUCGGUGAAGCAAAGCGGGUUCGAGAUGGAGAUCAAGCGCCAUUGGCUGGGCCAGGAAUGGUACUUGCCGGGAGCAGCAGGGAACGACAUCCAUAAGACGAAUGUACCGGAUAUUCGGUUGGCGUAUAGGCACCAGACCUUGCUGGAGGAGCUGGCGAUGGUCCGGAACGCGAAGAAAGAGUGAAUGCUGGCCUCGAGCGGGGGACAUGUCGUUGUGGACAUGAUAUACAUGCCAUGCUGAGUUCUUAGAGUCUGUGGACGUGGUGCUGAAGAUAUGUCCGCGUUCCGCAGUGUUUUGAACGUACCGAUAGGGUCUUGUCAGAUGGACGCUGUCACUAUGAGUACAUCUCGGAUCGCUACAAGUUAACUCCUUGUAGGAUCGGUA